AUGAUAGGGAAAAAGGGUACCCAGGGUAAGGAGGAUAACCAGGUUACCGAUGCGACCGUCGUUGACGUCACCGUGGUAGUGGCGGGGAUGGUGGUGGUUGAGAAGGCAUCAACCGUUCUCGUCCUCGUCAACGUAGUGGUGGUGCGUGUGACGGCUAAUUAUAUGCAAUCAGCGAACAGCAAAACCAAGAGGGAAUCUCGACAUACCGCCCUCGACGCAGACGCCAGAUAUCGAGAGAAGAAUCGCGAUGUAGGACAAUGA